AUGACCUUGCGAGGGGCACCCCAAGAUUGGUUCCACACCCUAUCAUCCGAUUCGAUCAGCAGCUUCAUGGAGUUGGCUUACGUCUUCACCAAAGAGUACACCUCUUACCGGGCGAUCAAGAAGAACCCUAACCACCUGUACAACCUGCGCAAGAAGUCCGACGAAUCCCUUCGAGAUUACAUCAAGAGAUUCAAAGCAGAAAAUGCCAACAUUGUAGGAUGUAACGACCGGAUUGCGUCAUCUGCCUUCAAGAAAGGUCUUCCAGGUAAACACGACUUGUACCGCGAGCUGACUAUCACUCCCAUCCUGACUUUGGCAGAGGUCUACGCGACCGCGGAACACUACGCGCUCUGGGAUGACGAUCGAAUCACCACAAAGAAGUCUACAAAGCAGGAAGACCAGUCGACUAGACGGGCAGGCCAAAGAAGCGAUGAAUUUAGCAACAAGAGUAAGGACAAGCGCAGGUCACACCCACAAGGAGACGCUACGGUAGGAGAAAACUACACCAAGUUCACCAUCCCCAUACAUCAAAUCUUAGCCCAAGUGAAAAGGAGAUCCAGACAAGAGGGAUACUAG